AUGCGUGAUGACAUGGAACGUUUUAGAACAUUCUAUUAUGUCACGUAGUCAUGAUGUAAUACUAGCAAAAUAGUUGUGUUGUAAGCUUCCGGAAUAUUCUAAAACACUUUUUAAAUGCAUAUGUAUAUGAGGACUCAGGCUGCUGGGAGUUACCAAGUUACUGUAGAAGCUUGUUCAUUUCGAGAAACUUUGGAGACAACUUUGGUACAGACUAUAGUGGCUUAAGUAAGGUGCCUUUAGGACCCGCUCCUCAUUAAGAACAUUACAAGUUGUUUAAUGAAGUGGUUGAGUUUGUAGGAUUGUAGGGUUCUUUCUUUCAGUUAGAUUGUACUGUAACAAUAUACAUUAAUGCAAAGAUAUAAUCCUGCAAAGCAUGAUCUUAAACAGAAAAAUUACACACACAUUCUUUACUAACUAAAAGCGCCCCUGAGUCCCAUGUAUAAUUCUAGUCGGUACAAAAAAUAUACGUAUACUUUCGUUAAAUAAACUCAUCCUCUUCUCAUUGUUAUUCUUUAUCGCUAUACCUGAAAGAGAGUCCUGAUUUGAUUUCAGACAUUGACGAGUGUUCUAAAAACAGCCAUAACUGCAGCUACACAACAGCCACCUGCACCAAUACCAGGGGAUCAUUCAAGUGCAUUUGUAAACCUGGAUUCAGUGGUGACGGACACAACUGCACAGGUACUGAACAUUAUUUAGAGCAUGAUAUUUUGUUUUAUUACCCCAAUAAACUUAUGCAACUGGCCGAGAUAGUGUCAUUCUACAUACGAUGGUCAUAUACUGGAGCCCUUUCUCCCCUUUCUUUCCCCUUCAGCUUAGGUUUUCGUAAUCAUUGUCAUGAGUACAGUGUGCUGAUUCCAAUUCAGACAUCAAUGAAUCUGCCAAUGAUACCCACAACUGUAGCAGGGACAAUGCCACUUGUUCAAACACCGCGGGGUCGUUCAACUGUUCUUGCAAUCCUGGAUUUACUGGUAAUGGACACAUCUGCCGAGGUAAAAUCUUACACAUCACAUUUCACGCCACUUAGCCCCUAUGACGUUUGUAUAAGCACAGGCGUUUCAACAUUGUGUCAACAUCGUGCAUCACGGAUUUCUCAGCAGCUUAUGGGGUUCAUUUCAGACAUCGGCGAAGGUGUUAAGAAUACCUCUAACAGUAGCAACGAAAACGCUACUUGCAAAAAUUCCGAGAGAUCUUCAAAGAGUACAUGUGAACUUGUAUUCAGUGGGAAUGGACACAACUGUACAAAUAACGAGUUCUCUCGUUGAAAGAACCCUAAACAUCUUGCUCUCUGUGGUAGAAGUCCGUUUGAUGAUCCAGAUAAUAUUUUACUCUUUUUGAUCCAUUAGUUAAAGAAUUAUGUUUGUUAAACUUGAUCAGCAGGCGUUGUUGUCAUUUCGAACAGUUUUUUAAAAAUUUAUUAUUCUAUAUAUAUAUAUAUUUUUUUUAUUAUUAUUCUCUCCCUAAAAUGAUGGUGGCGCAUAUCAUUGUGUUGAUUUGAUCUCAGACAUAGAUGAGUUUGUUCAUGAUACCCACAUCUGCAGCAGGGACAAUGCCACUCAUACAAAUACAGAGGGAUUGUUCAACUGCUUUUGUAAUCCUGGAUUCAGCGGGGAUGGACACAACUGUGCAGAUGUGAGAAUUUAUGUGCAGGUGUGAGAAAGUAUGAUUGCUCUUCCGUUUCAGCGGAUAAAAUAUACAUGGCCUCCUGACCUUCUUGUCCACAAAAAUUUUGAGAGUCCUUUUUUGUUUUUUGUUUUUCUUCCAAGACACAUUACUUGAUAACCCUUAUCAUGACUUACAUUUUUUUAUUUAUUUUUUGGACUGAUUAAGUUGUAUUUACUGCAAUUGUUGCACUGUAUGUUGAAGCCUCUUUUUUUUACGAGCAUUGGGUACGAUCAGUUGAUUUCAUUGCAGACAUCGAUGAAUGCGUUACAAGUACCCACAACUGCAGUAUGGACAACUGCGACGUCUACAAAUACUAAGGGAUCGUUCAAUUGCAUUUGUAGUCCUGAACAUUCAGAUCUGCCGGCAUAAAAUACGUCUUACAUCAGGAUUACCUGAGAUUCUAGACACUGGAUUAACAGGCGCGACUGUUUCAUUUGCACAUCUACCGCAACCUCUAUUCCCCUUUAGCCCGGUUACUCAUUAUCAUGAUCAUGGUACGUUCUGUCGACUUCAUUUUACACAUCGAUGAAUGUACUGGAGAUACCCACAACUAGAGCAGAAACAAUUCUACAUCCACAAAUACCGAGGGAUCGUUCAACUGCUCCUGUAAGCAAGGAUUCACUGGAAAUGGACACAAAUGCGAA